AUUUCAAUCAAAUCAAUAACUUCCGUCAAAAUAUUGACAAUCCGAAACGAUGUUCGAAAAGUUCGUUUUAAAGUGAUACUUUUGGCUCAUUAUAACAUAAAAUACAAUGAAUAACAACACGGAACAAGUAUUCAUUAUAAACCAUUCACAAGAAUUUGAAACGAAAGAUGAGAGUGAACUUGGUACAGGUCAAAUAAACCUCGAAAAUAUUGAGGAUUUUACAAAUGUCUGUCGAACCUGUGCAGCUGUUACAGAAUUUGUUGUACCGAUAUUUAUAGGAGAAGGCUUACAGAAUAAAUUAGCUGAUAAAAUACACAAAUAUCUUCCUAUUCAGGUAUCAGAAGAAGAUGUGUUACCUCAGGUGGUCUGUUACCAAUGUGUCAGCACGCUCAUAUCAUGGCACGACCUUGUGCAGAACUGUACGCAGGCUGACACCGCACUCAACAACAAGCUUUCGGAACUCCUUCAAGAUUCGACCAGUAAAAUCCACGAUAGAAUAUAUGAGAUAAGAACAAAAGGAAAGUUAAAGGAUUCCUUCCGCGAAUCCGACGGGUGCAAAGACUUCGAUAAAAGAAAGAUUUGCGAAUACUGCGGCAUCAGACAAACCGAGGAAGAUUACCCGGAGCACGUGAUCUCUAUGCAUUCGGAAGAUUUGCUUCCUUUUCGCGAACGAGAUCCCUUUCUGUACGUCAUAAGCGACGACGACGAUCAAUACGAAGAUGACAAUCCCACUAGAAAAUUUAAACAGAUCAAAACAUUGGAAAACCUUAAAACGGCAGAACCUGCGGUGAAAACUAAAGUGCCUGACGCAGGGCAAAUUAAUAAAAAACCAGGAUCAGCAAAAAAUCCUCCGACAGAGAAGAAGAAGCGCCAAACUAACGACAAAACAAGCGCUCCUAAACCUAUAUUACAUAUAAAAGCAGCAACCAAAGAAAAAUUAACUAGAAAUCCUAGGUCAGAAGUCUGCAAGGAACGAAAAUCAAAUGUUUCCAUGGCGUCCAAAAAUUCUCGAAAUAAGCAAAAAGGCAAGAAGCUCGCGCCGGCGGCAGUGAGCGCGGACCUCGACGCGCCGCUCGAGAUCAACGGGCCGAGCAAACAGAUCGACAACGUCGAGAUAAUCAUGGCGUGUGUCGAUAAGCUCAACGCCAAGAAGAAGGUAAAGCCGUUGCGUUGCAAGUACUGCCCCCGGGUGUUCACCGCACGUUCCAGCUUCGAAUAUCACGUUAAAAAUUCUCACUUUAUUAAGGAGACGGAGUGCGAAAAAUGCCACAAAAAAUUCCGAAACAAGCAAGUUCUGUCGCAGCACAUUAGUCACAUCCACGAGGGCCACAAGAAGACAUACAUUUGCAAAUAUUGCCAUAAGUCGUUCUGUACGGCGGCGAACUUGUACUGCCAUGAGCAGACCCACUUGGAUACGAAGAAAUGGCCGUGUACUAAGUGUAAAAGCUCGUUCCGUUGGCGCACGCAUCUGCUGCGACACAUGAAGCGGCACUCGGAAGAGCCGAAUCUCGGGUGCCACUUGUGCGACCGCCGCUUCAACGUGCUGGAUGACCUGCGCCGACACGAAUUCACGCACACAGAGGACAAACAAGAAUGCUACCGCUGCGGCAAGCAGUUCUCCCAGCUCAGGUAUCUCCGAGUGCAUAUGGCCAAGAAACAUAAUGAAACCAUAGCCGGUAAUUAAAUUAUUGUACCCUAUUUAUCAUUACUAUAUACUUAGAGACUGAUAUUAGCUAAUUCCAAGUUUUGAUCGGUUUUAAUUAUUUAUUGUAUUAUUUAAGUGUUCGUAGGUAGGUCUUUCCUUUACUCCUUUGUAACCUUCUCUAAUUAAUAAUAUGUGAUCAUGGAUUAGUAUUAAUAAAACACAAGUUUA